AAAUUUUAGUGAAAGCUUCAGUUGGAAGCACUCUUUGGGAAGCCAAGAACAUUUGUCAAAAAUGAGGGUUAUUUGAAUUUGUCGAAAACUUUGGAGAACUGCAGAUGAACAAGAGAUCUGCAGUUCCGUAGUGAAACCUUCUCAACAGACUGUUGUUAUUCAUGGCCCCUUUCCCAAUGAGGGGUCAGUUCCUCUUAAGCACCAAAAGCUCCAUGUUGGUUCCCCCUUUCAAUGCAGGCAGCACUGAGGAGCAGAGGAGAUUUCGCCCACUUCCUCUUCUGAGCAGGAAAGUGAUGGUUUCAAGAGGCAGCUGCACACAACGGUGACAGAGACUUCAGGAGAGAUGUGGGAAAACUACAGGGAACUUUGAGGAAAUGCUGGACCCUGAAGGAAGAAACAUGAUGGAGAGGCAAGAGGAGAGCAGCCUGAAAGAAGAGCUAGAGAUGCCUGGCCUUGCAAGCAACCUGCAGGGACAAAGGCAAGCUGCUGUUGGCCAUCAGUCCCCUAGUCCUAUUGACCAGAGAGAAAGCUUGACUCUUCUCCAAGGUCAAUUGACUAACAGGAGCUUGAAUAAGUUGAAGAGGAAUUCAGCAAAGUGGGUGGCCGAAAUGAGCCAAUCCCGCCUUUCCAUGUCCUUGGGCAGCACGAGGAGGAAAGGGUUAAAGGAGCUUCUCCUGCAGAGCAGUCAGGCCAACCCUACCUGGCUUACAGCUUCUCCAAGAGUUUCCAUCUCUGUUGACACCCAACAGGAACAGGAGCAUGUUUCAGAGGUGAAUUCUGAAGAGUUGUCCUUAGCUCUGGACCCCCUGGAGCAUGAAUGGAUGUUGACUGUGGCUCAGGGGGAUGCUGAAAGCAUCCUUAACUUGUUAGCUAAGGAGCCCAGCCUGCUUUCCAGGAGAGACUUUGUGACUGGUUUUACUGUCCUCCACUGGUUGGCCAAGCAUGGCCGUCAUGAAGAUUUGAUCCAGGUGAUGGCUUUUGCAGAGAGGAACGGCUACCCAGCCAAUGUUGAUGUACUCACUGCCAGCGGGAGGUUGACCCCUUUGCACCUGGCUGCCCUGCAGGGCCAUGAGAUGAUCAUCAAAGUCCUAGUAGGAGCCUAUGGGGCUAACACCAGCCUCAGGGAUCACAAUGGCCGCAAAGCUUGGCAAUACCUUAAGGCCAAUGCUCCCAGAGAGUUGAAGGAGCUCUUAGGGGCAACUGAAGAAGACUUGGCCUUACCAGGAGCAGGGAACAUCAACAACAACUGUGCUCCUUCAAGAUGGGGUUGGAUUGGGGCCUUUCGAAUGGAAUAUCCAAAUGCUGGGGCUGCAAGGCAGAGCCAGCAGACCAAUCCCAGGGGGUCUUAUUUCAGGAACAUUUUCUGGCGAACUAUUACAUUCUUCCAACAGCUUUAGAUGUCUGCUGGGUGGUUAACCGUGUUUGAGCUCUUGGCUGGGAGUGGACUGUCAUAGCAGCCAUUAGAGAAGCAGUGGUUAAGAAGCAAGAGGCAGCCUUGGGGUGGUUGAUGAAAUCUUCAGAUUGUCUCCCAGGUGCUGGCUUUAGCAAAUCUGCCUAAGCUUACUCUUUGGCCUCGGGGAUGAUAAAUUGUUCUGGUUCAAGAAAGUGGGUAGUGAGAGGAAGUGGGAAGAGACCCAAAUGGAGGUGGGGUGUCCUUGGGACUUAUUCCCUGAAAGGAAGCCUGCAUGCAGGGCUGCAAAUACAUGAUGUUAAAGGGAAACUGAAACUGCAUUUUGAAGACAGAAAAGCUGCACCGUAGGCUGUGAGGCAUGUGCAUGAAAAUGUGCAUAUUUUUUUCUAACCUUGCAUAACUGAUUCAGAUUAUGCUAGGCCAAAGGUGUAGCCAGGAACUAUGCUGAGAGUUGAAGUCCCCAUCUUUAGCCACUGAAAAACUUCUGAAUCAGCUGGCUCCUGAUAGCUCAACAAUACAAUUAGCCUUACUGGCAAGAAACUUGCUUUUAAAAUCAAAGUUCUGACACUUGGGGAAGCAGAAUAUAAGACCCGCUGCCAGUUCUUUUGGCAGGACAGGGUAGGGAAGAGUCAGAAACAAUAUUUUCAAAAUCAGUUUUUGUCAGUCUUAUCCAUAAUUUAAUUCAGGGUUGAGCUAACUUCAGCCUGCAUUUUACUUUAUUUUUAUGAGAAUCCUGAAUGCUUGAAGUUAGCUUCACAAGUUUUGGGUUCGCCCCAAAACUUGGGAAGCUAAAUCCCUAAGUUUUGGUGUCCCCCCUGCAAAUUAAGGUAACAAGAGGAUAGGAUAGACUUGAAAUGCUCAGCAAAGGCAUAUUUUUUGUGCUUUGGCUGUCCCGUGUUUUUAAAGAACAUAAGGAAGUGCACUUAAAUUUGACCAAGCCCUUCCUGUUAGUGUUACAAUCUUUGCAAAAAUCUCAGCAGCAAGCCUUAUGAUACUGAUUGAUAGUCUCUUUGUUUGAUCAGUAUAGAUAUUUUUUUCUACCUGGUUUAAUUUGUAAUUCCAGCUCCCUGAUCAAAGAAAAGGGCAAUCAGGAGUAGAACAGAAAGCUUCAGAUUCAAUCUGCAGUAUCUCCAGUGAAAGAGUUCAGGUAGCAGUGAGAAAGAUCUACAAUA